UAGGAGCGCCCAAAAAUUCGUCAGUACAGAAAAUCAGCAAUGGCUUCACCAACAUCGUCCGCUGCUACCUCAGCUGCUACGACCCCGAGUGGGUCUCCUUCGUCUACAAGACGAUUGAUAAAGCCAGAUACCCCACCGCCACCUUACAGCGAGAAAUCCAAAUUUGAGGGGAACCGUCUGCUGCCAGUUCCUGAAGGAACUAUUACCCUCCAAGUUGACAACGAUUAUCCAAUAACAAAGACACCCAUCGACGAUCCAUGGGCACUGCCAGAGCUGCAAGAUACAGAUGUGAAAUGGGCAGACCUCAACACCUUUGGGAAGGUAAAACGUGUGGUGGUGAAUGUCAUCAAGAUCGCCCUCCUGGUCCUGACCAUGUACCUGUUCAUCUGCUCCCUGGACUUCCUGAGCUCUGCUUUCCGCUUGCUCGGCGGGAAGGCUGCCGGACAGGCCUUCUCGGACAGCGUCCUGCUGCAGAACCCCAUCGCUGGGCUGAUGAUCGGUGUCCUGGCAACCGUCCUGGUGCAGAGCUCCAGCACUUCCACCUCCAUCGCUGUCACCAUGGUCGCCUCUGGACUCCUUGACGUCAGGCCUGCCAUUCCCAUCAUCAUGGGAGCCAACAUCGGGACAUCCGUCACCAACACCAUCGUCUCCCUGGCCCAGGCUUCCGAGCGCAACGAGUUCCGCCGUGCCUUUGGAGGCGCGACCGUCCACGACAUGUUCAACUGGCUCACCGUCCUGGUCUUCCUCCCCAUCGAGGUUGCCACCGGUUACCUGUUCCACCUUUCUGGCUACAUCGUGAGGAGCUUCAACCUCGAGACCAAAGACAUGAAGCAAGAGUUCCUCAAAGUCCUCACCAAGCCCUUCACCAAACUUGUGAUUCAGAUUGACAAGAAGGUGAUCUCCAAGAUUGCGACAGGCGACGAGGAGGCCUACGGGAAGAGCCUGAUCAAGGAGUGGUGCGAGAAGGAGCACCACAUGGUCACCAAGAACGUCACGCAGAUGAUGAACGUCACCGUCCUGGAGAACGGCGUCAACAUCACGCGGGAGAUGAACGUGACUCGGGAGAUCGAGGAGGAAGUCACUGUGAACAUCAAGAAAUGUUCCUUCCUGUUCCAAGACACAGGUCUGAACGACACCGCAGUGGGUGUCAUCCUCCUGGUGGUGGCCCUCAUCAUGCUCUGCGUCUGCCUGGUCACCAUCGUCAAGAUCCUCAACUCCAUGCUGCGCGGGCGCGUCGCCAAGAUCGUGAAGAAGACCAUCAACGCCGAGUUCCCCGGGAAGCUGUCCUUCCUGGCGGGCUACCUGGCCAUCCUCGUCGGGGCCGGCCUGACCAUCCUGGUGCAGAGUAGCUCCAUCUUCACCUCCACCAUGACUCCGCUGGUCGGCAUCGGUGUCAUCAGCAUCGAGCGCAUGUACCCCCUCACCCUGGGCUCCAACAUCGGCACCACCACCACCGGCCUGCUGGCUGCCUUCGCCAACUCGGGCGCCAAGCUCGAGAAGGGCCUGCAGAUCGCCAUCUGCCACUUGUUCUUUAACCUGAGUGGUAUCGCAGUCUUCUACCCCAUUCCCUUCCUGCGUUUCCCCAUCGGGAUGGCGAAAUGGCUGGGUAACACCACAGCCGACUAUCGUUGGUUUGCUGUCAUGUACCUUAUUCUCAUGUUCUUUGUUUUCCCUGCUUUUGUGUUUGGCUUGUCUGUGGCUGGCUGGCAGUACCUGGCUGCAAUAGGUGGCCCUCUGGCUUUUCUGAUCGUUGUAAUUGUUGUCAUUAACCUACUGCAGCACAAGUAUCCAAAUGUUCUGCCAGCCAAGUUGAAAAACUGGGAGUGGCUUCCUCUGUGGAUGCGCUCCCUACAACCUCUGGACAGCUUGAUUACAAAAAUGAUAGCUGUCUUCCGCUGCUGUAAAAAGAGUAGCAAACAACAGCAGGUUUUGUACUACCCUGUCGAAGUAGAUGUGUCAAAAUUCUUGCAGUCCAAAGAAACAGUGUUGUAGCACAAGCUCUGACUGCUAUGUAACAAUGUACUCAAGUUUUGUAAAUAUGCCUUUGAUGAACUGUAAAGAUAGAUGAUUGUUAAUUUAUUGUAAGUUUUGGUUGCAGUGUUUUGCAACUUGAUAAUGCAAUGCCCUUUUUGGGUCUUAGUUAUACCAGCUGCCAGGCAGCCAAGUGACCAAGUGACCAAACAGAAACCUGCCACGCUUGUACAGAUUGUAAGGGAACUGUAGCAGUACAGUUAUUUGUGUGGCAUAGUUUGCUUGCCUAGUCAGUGUUGCCAAAGUUUUGUACAGUACAGAAUUUGUGUUGAAGUGCCUAUUGUACUUUUCUCUGCUUGACACAAGUU